AUCGGCAGUGGCGCCACGGCAGUCAUCAAGCUUUUGGAUCUGCAGCAUCAACCAGGGACGACCAUUGCGGUAAAGACGUUCCGUAAACGAGACCGAGACGAAACCGAGCGAGAGUAUCACAAGCGCAUGACAAGCGAGUUUUGCAUAAGCAAGGUGCUCCGCCAUGCCCAUAUUGUAGAGACAUUCGACCUCGUGCAGGAUCACAAAAACCGGUGGUGCAGUGUGAUGGAAUACUGCUCGGGAGGCGACGUAUUCUCAGUACUGCAAGAUUUCGAUCUAAACGACACCGAAAUCGACUGUCUGUUCAAACAGCUCUUGCUGGGCUUACAACACAUGCAUCAAUGCGGUGUUGCCCACCGUGACAUCAAGCCCGAAAACCUGGUCAUGACAAACGAAGGCGUGCUGAAAAUCACCGACUUUGGCGUGGCCGAUGUUGUCCAGACCUGCUUUGACGACAAGGCACGCGAGUCUCGGGGUCAAUGCGGGUCCGAGCCAUACUGGCCACCCGAAUUAUUCAUCAACAGUCAACAACAAGGUGUUGUUACUGAAUACAAUGGUCGUGCUUUGGAUGUAUGGUCGGCUGCUGUCACAUGGCAUUGUUUCAUUUAUCGUCAUAUUCCGUUCAUACAAGCGUGUAACAAAGAUCCAAACUAUGUCGAGUAUAUGGCUAGACGGCCCUUUCGGACGUGGGUCCCGCUCUCGAAAUGCAAUGAUCAGGAAAAAGAGUGUCUGUAUGGCAUGUUUGAUCCAAACCCGGACACACGUUGGACCGUGGAUCAAUGUAUUGAGUCUGCUUGGAUACAGUCCGUCAAGAUAUGU